UAUCUCUGUCGCGAUGCGGUCACAUAAUCACGAUGACGUACUGGUUCCAAUGUGGUUGCCAAGAUGUCCAGCUGAUGAGCCGAGCACCUGAACAGACAAAUCUGUGGUGAUAUCACUCACCAGACUGACAACAUGAUAUCUCUACGGUAGAUGAUACUCGCAUGUCAACUUACGUGACAACUGACAGAUCUGUCAACAACACCACAUCAAACAGCUAACGUGCAGCAACAUGACUGACUUUGACACUGAUGAAGAGACUGGAGAAGUUGAUCUUUCACCAUUUCAAAUAUCAUGGUUGGAUCUGAGUUUUACUGGAGCUGAUGAAAAACUAGGAAUCUCUGGGCUUCCUGGAUGUCGCUUCAAAGACACAUGGAGGAAUCUAAACAAUGAUUUGAAAUGUCUUCAGAACAGUGGCGUGGAAGAGGUGUUUACGCUGUGCACUAAAGGCGAGCUCAACAAAUACCGCGUUCCCAACCUCCUUCAUGACUUCGCUGGGUCAAACAUCACAGUCCACCACUACCCCUUCCCUGACGGACAGGUGCCCUCAAGCAGCAGCUUACUCAAGAUGGUGGAAGAGCUCAGGGUCAACAUCAUGAACCAGAAAAAAUCUCUCAUUCACUGUUUCGGAGGCCUUGGACGCUCAUGUCUAGUUGCUGUGUGUCUGAUAAUGGUGAUGGACGAGAGUAUUUCCCCCGAGGAGGCCAUCGAUAAAGCUCGAGAGUUGCGAGGAGCUGCAGCCAUUCAGUCUGUGAAGCAAUAUAACUUUAUCAACGAUUUCCGGAAGCUGCAGGAAGAAGUUCAAGCAGAGGACGGAGGAGAAUCACGAUCUGUGUCGCGAUGAGGAUCAUAAUAUCUAAGGGUUGGGUGGGAAUUUCAUGUGUAGGAAUCGUCCAGGGCUGAGAUAUCUCCUCCAGCGAAUUAGUUGUUUUAAUUAUUCUGCAUUUCAUGUAUGAUGUUGUUUUGGUAUCCCACUUGUUAAGCUGUCACAUCAGAGAUCUGUUCUUCGAGUGGGUACAGCAAACGUGUUUUAGCUCAUUUACUUUCUCUAUUGUUAUGGUUUUUCUGACACUUUGAAAGUGAAACUUUGCUUGUUAUGACAUAAAGUUGAUUAUUGGAAACAAAUCUUGAUAAAAUGAUUGGGAAUGAUGUAAGCUUUCUUUGUACAUUUUCAUGUUAUGUAUUGCAUUUGAUAUUAUCUCUGUGAAACUUUGUGAAAUAAAACUUUAUUUUCAAA